AUCUUGCAUGUAAGCCUCUGAAGUGUUUGCAAAUGACAUGCAUGUGUGUGUGCCAAGGACGUCAAGUACAUAAAAGCAAGCGAUGACACGAUUAAACUUAUCAUUUGAAAAAUAUUUGGUGUGAGAACGACUGCCAAGACGUUGUUUUUGUUACGAAAUCUCAUUCGGUUUAUCAACGUUUGUAUAUUCCAAACAGAAACUUGUUGCCGUUGGAAAUCUGAGCGCCAGAUGGAUUCAAAUUUGACCAAUCAAACUAACGCAACAGUUCCAACGGAACCUGAAGACGUCGCUAACCUGGGUAAAAUCCUUUGGUUUUUCCAAGUGAUUUUUCUUUUCUUUAUCAUUUUCGCUGCCUUAGCUGGAAAUCUACUGGUUUUGACAGCCACUUAUCUGGAUAAACGCCUCCACAAUGCGAAUAAGUAUUUCGUUGCAACGCUUGCUGUAUCGGAUCUUUUGGUGGCAAUGUUCAGCGUGACUAUGCGUCUUCAUUUAUUCCUUAACGAAAAUAAAAUGACGCUGGUGUUUUGCCGUUUCUGGAUUUGGGUUGAUAUCUUUACUGAGGCCGCCUCUAUUACGACACUGACAAUUAUCUGCAUUGAUCGUUAUUACAAGGUGUCCAGACCGUUCAGGUAUAAGUCUAAUGUGACGACGAGUCGUGCGUGUCGUAUCAUAGCGUUUAUUUGGAUCUACUCGGCCGUUCUUGGUGCACUCGGUCUUGUGCCGUACCCUGGAAACAAAGGGGUACAUAUAACAACAAACGUAUGUCAGAACGAAAAUAGAACAUUCUAUACUCUUGCUGCUCUGUUGGGUUUCUUCAUUCCCGUGGGGAUUUUGAUCAUAUUAUGUACUUUGAUAUUCCGUAUUGUGCAGGCGCACAGCCGAAAUCGUUUGCCAAGCCAGGAAUGCAACGAGGACAGCGCAAGAAUACACCAACGAAAACAAACGCAUUCGAAUCGAAGAAGUUUGCUCACGCUUACCCUGAUCGUGCUAACUUUCAUUAUGUGUUGGGGACCGUUCUUCAUACUGUUUGUUAUUUUUCAACACAACCCUGCGCUACUGGGGUCUAUGGGCCUAUACGGAUUUAUGAUUUUACAAACCAUUUGUUUUGGAGUGUUACCCUACUGUAACAGUUUUCUGAAUCCAAUCAUUUACGCUUUCUUUGACAAAACAUUUAAUAUUGCUAUCAAAGCCAUGCUGCUUAAACUAUGCAAAGGCCAAAAAAGUUAUUCCGUUUAUCGCUCUUCCACAGUCCGUAUAACUCGACCCGAGGCAGCUAAAACCCUAGUUUAAUGAUAUGGAUGAGUACUAUAACUUCCUACUUUUUACAUAUACCCAUUUUUUCUGUACAUAAUAAAAUCAGAAUCCUGUAGGAAGUACAAAACUAUGACAUUGAUUGAAAUUUGAAUAUAACGCUUAACGGAUUAGUCAACUAAUCUGAUGGCUGAUAAUAUAGCUACAUUAAAGCAACAACCCCGACUGGGAUAAAAAACAAAUUGGAAAUUGUGUAAAUAGCCAUGGUUACGAUAUACGUUGUUGAAAAAUGUUGCUUUGUCGCGUAUAUUAGGAGUGUCUCAUUUUUUGCUUUUUCGGCCAAUUUGAACAAUCCUAUAUUUUGUAGCCUAAUUUACACCCCCGACUGAGACUAUGUCCAAGUAAUAUCCACUUUAACGAAAAAUUAAGGGCGGGCCAAAAUUACCCUCCCCACCAGUGGCACCCGGGUCGCCGCGUCCCUUAUAGCAAGGGCGCGUAUAGGCACACACAGAGACGGGUGAGUUUUUCUCGACGAGUGACCUUGACGUGGACGAAUGGAAAAAAAUGAAAUUCGUUAAAAAUACACUUGUCAAGACAAACUUGUUUUCAUUAUUGUUCGCACGAACUCGUCAUUUAGUGAAGUCUGUACGUGGCUGCAAUGCUAAUGCAUGACAUGCAUGCAUGUAAAUUUCGUAAAAGGGUCUCUCCUAUAAAAACACCCUAUGUAUAAUAGUAAUGCAUAAAAAUCGCACUAUUUGCUAGCCUAACUAAAGUUAUAUGACUUCCAUCAUAU